CAUUAAUUUACUGCAUCAUAAUCAGCCACAAUAUAGGCGAGCACUACUGAGAGGUUCAUAUUCUGCCAGGGAUCUAGCUAGAGAGAUCGGUAAAUAUGGUGACUACGGCGGCAGCGGCGGCUACCAGAGUCGAGAGCUUGGCAAGUAGCGGGAUUAAAUCCAUCCCCAAGGAGUACGUGAGACCUCAAGAAGAGCUUACCAACAUCGGCAACGUAUUCGAAGAGGAAAAGAAGGAGGGCCCAGAAGUUCCGACCAUUGACCUGACGGAGAUAGAGUCGGAAGAUGAAGUUGUCCGGGCCAGGUGCCACGAGACCCUGAAGAGAGCUGCUCAGGAAUGGGGCGUCAUGAACCUGGUGAACCAUGGGAUCCCGGAGGAGCUGUUGAGCCGCCUUAGGAAAGCAGGCGAGACCUUCUUCUCUCUCCCCAUCGAGGAAAAAGAGAAGUACGCCAACGAUCAGGCCUCCGGCAAGAUUCAAGGCUACGGAAGCAAGCUCGCCAACAAUGCCAGCGGCCGGCUCGAGUGGGAAGACUACUUCUUCCACCUCGUCUUCCCCGAGGACAAGCGCGACCUCUCCAUCUGGCCCAGAACCCCUUCCGAUUACAUCGAGGUGACGAGCGAGUACGCGAGGCAACUGAGAGGGCUAGCGACGAAGAUUCUGGGGGCGCUGUCACUUGGAUUGGGGUUAGAGAAAGGGAGAUUCGAGGAGGAGGUCGGUGGGAUGGAGGAGCUUCUGCUUCAGAUGAAGAUCAAUUACUACCCAACAUGUCCGCAGCCGGAGCUGGCUCUCGGGGUUGAAGCCCACACCGAUGUGAGUUCGCUCACCUUCUUGCUCCACAAUAUGGUGCCGGGCCUGCAACUUUUCUACAACGGCCAAUGGGUGACCGCGAAAUGCGUGCCCAAUUCCAUCUUCAUGCACAUCGGCGACACGAUCGAGAUCCUGAGCAACGGCAAGUACAAGAGUAUUCUGCACAGGGGAUUGGUGAACAAGGAGAAGGUGAGAAUAUCGUGGGCCGUGUUCUGCGAGCCUCCGAAGGAGAAGAUCAUUCUGAAGCCGCUUCCGGAGCUGGUGACGGAUGACGAGCCGGCUCGCUUCCCACCUCGCACCUUUGCUCAACAUAUUCAGCACAAGCUUUUCAGGAAGACCCAGGAAGGUCUGUCCAAAUGAGUCCUUUAAUUAUUGUUAUUAUUCUCUAUAUAUUGUGGCGCUCCCGCGUCAUGUAUUGUGUUAUUAAUUACGUCCCAUUUCCCAUAUAUGUGGCCAAUAUGUUGUGGCAGUACGCUGUCUCGUAUAUGUGGGAUUAAUAUUGUUGCUUUCUUUGGCUUCCCCCUGAACUUUCUGUCUAAUAAAGGGUAUCCAUAUUCAUGCUUUUA